UUCAUUCGCAAAAGCUUUUUGUUCGUUUGCUGUUAAAUUUUCAGGGGUAUUUCAAGUGUAUCGAGUAGUUCGACGUUCAAUAACUUAUCGGAAAUAUGACAAUGGGCGAUGAAACUCCAUUAACCUCAUUAAUUUUGCCUGUAUUAAUACGCCCUAUUUUGUCUCAGCUGGAAAAGCAGGAUGUCUCUGCCUCACAAACGCUCAGAGCUGCCCUGACCAAGGCUGAGGCUUCACAUCCUGGUUUGACAUAUGAUUUAGUUGUUGGGAUAAUGAGACGAGGGGAAUUGGCUGUGAACAUGCAUGAGAGUAUUUUGCGUUUGCAGGCUGGAGCAGACACAGAUGUUGUAGAAUACAGACUUUCAAGAUCAGAGGAUGCCUUCCAAGAACUAAACAGAAAAUCUGCAUCCUUAAAGAGGAUUUUAAGCAGAAUACCAGAUGAAAUAACCGACAGAAAAACAUUUUUGGAAACUAUAAAGGAAAUAGCAAGUGCAAUUAAAAAAUUAUUGGAUGCAGUAAAUGAGGUUGGCGGUUUUAUACCAGGAACAAAUGGUAAACAGGCUUUGGAACAACGAAAAAGGGAGUUUGUCAAAUACUCAAAAAGAUUCAGCAAUACUCUGAAAGAAUACUUUAAAGAAGGACACGCCGACUCUGUGUUUCUUAGCGCCCUCUAUCUAAUACACCAAACAAACAUGAUUAUAUCAACGGUCAAACAUAAGUGCGAAUAGCAAUUGUUCCAUUGAAAGUUCAAAUAAGUUUUAUUUUAGUUUUAGUUGAAGAGCCAUUUUAGGUUUUAUGUGCAAAAAUAUUAAAGGUGGAUAUUUUUUCAAUAAAUAAAAACGUCAUGACAACUUCCAUUACCAACUUUAUAAUGUUAAUUACUGAACAUACAGCUGUAUAUUUUUGCAAAUAAAAACUAAAACAAAAGGUAAUUUUUAGGUAAAAAAUACUUAAAUAUUGUUACUUUUUGGCCUGUAUUUAGUGUUUUAAAGGACCCAAAAAUUAUUUUAGAUAGUAUUAAUAUUGUAGUAUUUAAAAGUUUGUUUAUUAUUUU